UAUUACUUCUCACUGUUCAACUCAAAAAUUGUAAGGCAAACCUUUGAUGUGAGACAACGAAAACCAGUGAACUUGGAACACUUGCUAUUAUAUAAAUCACACCAGGAACUUUCUGGUCGCUCUGUACCUUUCAAGCCAGCUUUUGUUUCACAUAUUUCACAAGUUUUGUGAGAUACGUUAGUUUUUCUUCCUCCUACGUGUUAAUUUCAAAGACCCGAUUGGAUUAUUAACUAGAUUCGCGAUGGCUGACUCCAAUGAAUCUUCUGGUCAAACGCCGAAAGUUUCUAAGUUUGAUGAUCAAUUGACGAUCAUAAAUAGAUCAAAGACCUACCAUGUCUCCAAAAAGUUCAUGUGUUCAUCGAUACCAUAUUUUGAAAAAAUGUUUUGCUGUGACUUGUUAGAAACAAGAGAAAGUAAAGUUGAAUUGGAUUUUGAUGAGUACAGUUUUGAUUGUGUACUCAAUUGGAUUCAUUCUGAUUCGGUUCAAAUUAAGAUGGAAAGUGUUAUUCACUUGGCUAAUGUUGCUGAUUAUUUGAUGUUGAACGAUGAUUUAUCAAAGGACUGUUACUCUUAUUUUCAUGCGAAUUUCACCAUUAAACAUCUUCCCGUUGUUAUUCCUCAAGUGACUAAAACAUCUAAACUGAUCAACUCUGGUGCUUUAAACACAUUCAUCUGUCGCCAUUUCUUGAAGAUCAUUAAAACAUCUAUAUUUCUUGAUUACCCAGUUGAAACGGUAGAGUACAUCUGCAGAUUGGAUUUGAUUAUUUCUUCUGAAUAUCAAGUAUUGGAGGCAAUUAUUGAUUGGAUUAAUGUUGAAGCUGUCUCUAGGAAAAAACAUCAUCCGCGAUUAUUAAGAUGUAUUCGUUGGUGUUAUGCUGGAACUGAUGUCUCAUCUAAACUUGAGAAAUUUUCAUUGAUCGCAACAGUCCAAGAUAUUGAUAAAAUUUUGUGUUCUCCCGAUAAUUGUAAACUCAGAUGCGCUCUUAAUCGCACCGAACAAUGUUUCAUCAUGUCUAUCCAGAAAAUUGAUGAUACUCGUUUGAGUUUAAAGUUGCUUCAGUUAGAACAAUUUUGGUUACCCAUUGGGUAUUUUACUCUAGAUGAUUCACUUUCACUCGAAUUUGUUCACGGAGAAAACAUUUCAGAUGUUUUAUUUGAUUGUGGAACUAAAGGAGUUCGAAUUGAUUGGGAUGUUAAGAAGUUCCGUUGGCUUAAUUUUAAAAGUGAAGGAUCCUAUUAUCGUCAAAUUAAUAAACUCAUCACGAUAAGUCAGAUUUCAAAAAGCUCCAUUUGUUAUUUGCAAGAUGACUCUGACGUGUUUUCUGAUGAUCCAUUUCCUAAAAUUUUUAAUGGUUUCGGUGUUAACGUUGGCACUAAUAUUCCAUUUACAUUUAGUGCUCCUUCGGCUGUGCCAAAUAAUCCAACAAUAAUUAAUGAUAAUCUAAAUAAUCAACCUCAAAUGGAAUCUCCGAAAUCUUCGACUCGCGUCCUGGUUUCUUUAGAGAGUGCUGAAAUGUCGCUGCUCGAAUCAGAUGGUAAAUUUAUUGUGAUUGGAAAAACUAAAGACAAAAAGUUUUUCAGUCUUUUUCCAGUUCGUCAUCCUGAAUGGUUCAAGGCUGAAUAUUAUGGGAAUUAUGAUCAACGAUCUUUCAUUGCUACUGUAUUAGGGUCUAAUAUUUUUAUUCUGACUCAGAAACUAAAGUUUAUUCAGUUCAACUAUGAAACUAAAUCAUUCAAAAAGACUAAACCGUUCAAAGAUGGCGCAUUGAAAUUUGGAAAUUUAACCCUGAAUUCUCGUCAACAAAACGAUGAUAUAAUAGUUUUGAUUGACAAAUCAUCUGGAAAGAUUCACAUCUUUAAUAUUGUCAGCCAAUCUUGGAUUGAAACGGGUCAGAUCAAAAAUCGCAAACUCAAUACAACCAGUCAACAGGAUUGCACUUCCAACCUCAACAACGGUUUACUGAUGUCAUUAACCACAGUCUUUUUACCAUUGGAUAAAAUUAAACCUUGUUUUAAACGGAAACGCAGCUUGUUAAUUGAACAACUUUAAUUCAAUGAUCAUCAGAUGAAUUUUAAAUGAUUUAAAUUCUGUAUUGGUUUGAUAUCUGUUAUUAUCAAUCGCUAGUUAGAUUAUCAAAGUUUAAAUUACACACGCUUGCAAAUCUGUUGAUUCGGAAAAGAUAUACGAGUAAUUUUAUCGUUAAAAUCUUUGCAUUUCAUUUGUAAAAUCGUCCCGCUCUUACGCUUCUAUUUCUUCUGCCAUUUCCAUUUCAAUCCCUUUUAAAGGUAACAGCUUAACGUACUGGCCCGUUACACUUCUCAUGAUUCAGUAAAUUGGAUAUUCCUUAUGGACCUUAUAUUAUUUGAUUCGAAUUCAUAUGUAGUAUCAAUAAACUUUGAGUUUUUUACCAA